AAAAAGUGCAAUGAUGAUCAGCACAUCCUAUAUGAUGAGACGGGUCAAGCUAAUGCCAACCAUGAUCUUGUGGGCAAAUAUUUUACCAACGCAGUGAGUCCACCUUUUGGAUACACCCAAUAAAUGAAUGAAUGAAUGAUGAGUUCCAAAAAUGCUUUCAGAUGUUGAAUAUGGAAUGGGAGAAACGACUUCAAUACAUCUGUGGGAAAUGUUGGCAGCAUAUCUGGGAAUUUCAUCAAUUCGAGGAGUCCAUUAUUGAGGCGCAGAAGGGUCAACAUCUGCAUACAGAAGCGGCCAAAGAAGUUAAGAUAAAGCCUGAGUUGAAUUUGCAUAUAAAUCAGCAGGAAGUACAACUGGAGUUAAGCGCUAACACGGAAGAAUCAACCAAACCGCCAGCCCUUACCUUUGAUAUAAAAACUGAAGAACCUUUGGAUCUCAACAGUGAUCAUGAAGGGAUAUCGCCUCAGGAUGAACAGGAUCAUUUAACGAACGAAGAAAUGUUGCUUACGAUGCCCAGUGCAAAAUACAAUUCAACCUUACGGAAUGACGUUGAAUCCAAUGAAGAUUAUAGCUCGAGUGAUGGCAUGCCCCUAACAUCUUUGGGUCACACCAAUCUCUUCUCUUUAGAAAACAAAGUUUCUGCUACAAAUAGGUCAGUAGAGGACUUUGAUGAACUGGUAGCUUUGUGGCGUUCCUCCUUGGAAUGUGAAAUUUGCCAUCAGCUGGUGGUUAGCUAUUCCCAGUUGAAGGAACAUUUUAGCAAACACCAUGCUUCAGAAGGAUGUUACCUCAUGUGUUGCAAAUUGAGGCUGGAAACACGUUACGAUAUUGAAAACCACAUACGUUAUCAUAAUGCUCCGCAGCAACUAAAAUGUGAAGCCUGUUGCAAGGCUUUCCGAUUGAUGGCAUAUUUAAGAAAACACAAUAAAAUUGUCCACACCGGCAGGGGAGGAGACAAAAAUGCUAAAGACAACAAGAAAUUGGAAGGAAAAUAUGGCUGCUGUAAGUGUUCGAAAGACUUUGCAACGGAGAAACAAUUGAAUCAACACAAUCUUGAUGUCCAUAAACCCAAGAUUUAUAAAUGUAACGUUUGUGAAAAAACGUUUAUGCGUCCGUAUGCACUACGCGAGCAUUUGGCGGGCCACAAAGGCAAGCAACCGCAUGCCUGCUCCGUUUGUUCCAAAGCAUUCACUUGGCGAUCUAAUUUCUGCCAACAUAUGCGCAAAUCUCAUCCACAGGAAUGGCAGAAGAUGCAAGACGAGGAGGCCCAAAGAGAACGAGAAAAAUAUAGGUAUCGGCGAGAAACUCGAGGAAAUGGUAUGGUCUAUGUUUGCAUUUAUUGUUUCAAGGAGUAUGACAGUCGGUUCUCCAUGUACUAUCAUGCCAAGCGAUGUCAAAUGUAUAAUACACCAAAAGAGCCUAAAAAGGGGUUUCGGCUUAAUACCCGGGAAGAGCAGGCGGAGCAGAUAUCAAUGAUUUCUGAACCCACCGCACCAGCUGAAAAAGUGGACAUAAAGCCUGAGCUGAAUAAAAAUCGUCAGGAAAUACAACAGGAAGUGGUGUUGCAUAAUGCCAUAGGAUUAAGCGCUAGCACUGAAAAUUCAAUCAAACCUUCUGAUCUUAACUUUGAUAUAAAGUCUGAAGAACCCUUGGAUCUUAACAGUGAUCAUGAAGGGAUGUCGCCUCAGGAUGGGCAGGACCAUUUAACAGAUGAAGAAAUGUCUCUGAUGAUGUCCAGUAGACAAGAAAAUCCAUCUUUACAGAGUGACAAUAAAUUCAAAGAAGAUUAUUAUUCGAAUCAUGACUUGCCCUCAUCAUCUCUUGGCCAGACCAAACAUUGUACCUCAGACAAUUGCACUUCUGCUACAAAAAAGUCAGCUGAGGAGUUUGAUGAAGUGGUAGCUUUGUGGCGUUCCCCCUUGGAAUGUGAAAAUUGCCAUCAGCUUGUGGCCAGCUAUUCCCAGUUGAAGGAACAUUUUAGCAAAUACCAUGCGUCAGAAAGAUGUUACCUUAUGUGCUGCCAGAUGAGACUGGAAACUCGUUAUGAUAUUGAAAACCACAUAGGUUAUCAUAAUGCCCCGCAGCAGCUUAGAUGUGAUACCUGUUGCAAGGUUUUCCGUUUGGUGAAAUAUUUAAGAAACCACGAAAAAAUUGUCCACACCAGCAAAGCAGUAGACGAAAAAGCUAAAGACAGCGAGAAGUUGGAAGGAAAAUAUCGUUGCAGCAAGUGUUCGAAGGACUUUGCAACAGAACAACAUUUGAAUAAUCACAGUUUGAAUGUCCAUAAACCGAAGAAUUUGGAAUGUAACUUUUGUGGAAAAUCUUUUACGCGUUCGAAUGUACUGCGCCAGCAUGUGGCUAGCUACCAUAUGGGCAAAUCUCAUCCCAGGGGAUGGAAGAAGAUGCAAAACGAUGCGGCCCAAAACGAGACUAAAAUGGAGUAUCGGCUUGAAACUCGGGGAGAGAGUACUAUCCAUAUUUGCAUUUAUUGUUCCAAAGAGUAUGUAAAACGGGUUUCCAUGCAGAAUCAUAUUUGGCGAUGGCAUAGAGACAAUCGACCAAUACAUCAUAAUAAAGGAUAUCGGCGAGAAGUUCGGGGAGAGAGUAUGGUCUAUGUUUGCAGUUAUUGUUCCCAGGAGUACAAAAAGCGAUGUUCCAUAUACCAUCAUAUUGAGCGUUGUCAAGGAAACGAUAAACCAAUAGAACCGAAAAAGGGUUAUCGGCGAGAAACUCGGGGAGAUAAUAUGGUCUAUGUUUGUAUAUUUUGUUCUAGGGAGUAUCCAAAGCUGCAAUCCAUACACUAUCAUAUCUACCGUACCCAUAGAGACGAAGCAUCCUUAGCGAAGCAGGAACCAACGCCAUCUGUGCAGCAGCAACCGAUACAUAGUCGACGAACUCAAAUUAGUCAAGACUCAGGGUCCCAUAGUAAUGAGGUAGCCAACAUAACACCAGAUGGUUAUAACAAUAAUGAACUUGGCAAAGAAGAAGAAGAAAAUUCAUUGAUGACCCCUAUAGUGGUCAAAGUGCUGAAAGAUGAUGAAAAUGCAACAAAUGCUUUGGGAAAUAAGGAAAUGGAUGAACAUAAAAUGCCACAAGAAUUUGAAGAAGCUACUUGGGAAAGUGAAGAAUCUAUAAAAUCCGAGGAAGAAUUUAUUGAGCUUUAAGCAAAUGCUUAAGACCUUAGUUGGAAUAUUGAAAAAGCCAAACUGCAAAAAAACAAUUGUUUAAAUAAGCCAAAAUCAUCCUGGCCAAUCGCUUGAGCUAUUUAGAUACCACAUAUGUACGAGUGUAUAUUUUCUCAUUUUGCCCUAUGAAAUCAGCUGUUUUUGAUAUAUUAUGUCAGGUAAAGACAUCCUAACAGCUGCUUUCUUACUAUGGAAACAUCUGGCUGUAAUGUACAAAUCUUCGCCCGAUAUCUCAAAAUCAGCUGUUGUUAUUGUGGGAAAAGAGCUGCUGGGAUGACAUGUGCUUAGUAGAACAGAAUUAGCUAAUUUUAUAGAGAAAAGCCUCCAGACCCCCAGAUUUGUCUAUAAUGACAGCUAUACCUAUAUCUGCGUAUGGUAGAAAUACGCAUUUCUGUCAAAUUCAGCUUAUCAUCUCAAGUUUUAAUGACUACCGUAAUUACAACUGGGGCCGAAUUACCGCAUACGUGAUCCAGUGUGCUGUUGUAUCGAAUGAAACUUCAUCUCGUAUUUAAUAGAUGUUAUACCACUUUUAUAUACAUCUUAAUGUAAAAUUUUUUAAAAAUUAUGAUCGAUUGGAACAUUAGCGCUCUUAAAUUUCAAAAAUCCUCGUUCGAUAAAGAAAUGCAUAAUUCACAAUAGAGGUGUUACUCGUUCACGUAUGCGGUAAUUCGGCCCCUGACACACACACACACUGGGGCGAUAUAAAAAAACCCCAGAAAAAGAGUUUGUCCUGAAAGCUCAAAACCCUUUAAGGGGUUUGCUUUAAUGACCUAGUGAUUUCAUCCCCAUGUGGAAUUAUUCACCCCCAGAUUUGCUGCUGUAUAAGUAUAAUCAUUGUCUUUAAAUCUAAGCAACUUUGGUUAAUUUAUG